AUGGGCGGACCUCAUAGUCAGCACCCGUGCAGGUUUCCAGGCUUCGAUCUUGGGUCCAAGUUUGAUGCCGUAGUCGCCAACGGUGCUGGCAACACAAUCAGCAUUGAAGCUGGAGAUCAACGCCUCGUCAGUAGAGUUCGCGACGAAAUCGGCAGCACUGUAGCAGUAUUCCCAUUGGGGAGUAGAUCCAUCACGGUUCAUGGCCCACGGACCCCAUCUCUCGUGGAUGUCAAUCAUGCACCAUUCAUCGACCGAGCAGAUACCCGGCUGUUCAUAACAGUCGACUUGAGCUGGGAUCGGGCAAUACACGUCGUCGCAAGUCAAUUUGAUAAGAUCCCCCUUUUCGGCCAUGCGGAUGACAGUGGUAUUACCGCUCAUGUCGGCGUAGGUGAGGUCUUGACUGGCAAGGCUGCAACCGCCUUGAGUGAACCACAUGGGCUGGCUGUCGUCCGGCGUUCCGCAUUGAACGCCGCCGUCACCGUCAUUGAUGGGGGUGGUGGGUGGGUGCCCAUGCAACGCGCGCUCGUCCCGUAA